GACUACAAGAUCCGUGAUCCUCUGCGUAACCAUCAGUCUAUUCUCCGGGGUGUUUUAGGCCUCUCGGCUGGGAAAACGAUAGAGUAACAACAUCAUGAGCGAAUCUGCAUUUAGAAGUAACAACGAGGCCAACUUGAAUACGGAUCAAAUUUCAGAUGCCGUCGAUAAAAUUGACAUGUCUCUUGGUAGAUCAUGUGGACAGCUGCGGUACGUGUGCGUCAUUAACCUGUGGAAGGGAUGGCAGCAGGAUAAACUAUUGGAAGAAGAUGACAUAAUCAAGCUGAACAGGAGAGAGCAAAGAUUUGCCAGAACGAAUGGCAUGGCACAAAACUGGCACAGAGGACCAUGGCUACAGAAAGGAAUUCCUAGGAAAGGACCACAGCAAACCAAAAGAAUUGGCUUCAACAGGUUUGGCAUCAGGGGACGACGACUUCAGCCACCAUCUAGGCGGCGCCCUCAGGGAGUCUUAACAGGUUUGGCUUUGCGGAAGGCUCAGCCACUGAACAAAGGAAUUAGUCCACUGAGUAGACCAGCUUUUCAUAUGAUGAGAGCACAUCAAAUGCUGCAGGGGAGCCUGAACACUUACAGACAACCGUCAGGCCUGUGGAUGCCUUUGUCAGCUAGUGCAAGAAGUGGUUUGCCAGCCAACAGUUUCAGACCAUUAAUGACCCUUCCAGUACUCCAGUCCCAAAAAGAUGCCCGACAAGCAACUUUCUUAUUCCAAAGGGGACUUACGGUACAGACACCCCUACAUCCUGGUUCAGGGCAGCCACUGGUAUCACAGAGAACACGGAGAUGGCGUAUGACCACGACCAAUAAUGGGAUCCUAACUGUUUCUAUUGACAACCCAGCUGCUCGACUCUUUGCAGAGUCUUCUAGGUCUCAGCUCCCCCUUUCACUCAUCAAGCAGGAAGAGUCUGAGCCGAAGAUUCCCAAAGGAGUACCACUACAGUUUGACAUUAACAGUGUUGGAAAACAGACAGCGAUGACCUUGAAUGAGAGAUUCAAGAUUUUGAAAGAACAAAGGACAGCCAACAGCUACUUGAGAGGAAGUCGCUUCAUCACUGUGGGGUAGCAGCUAGUACUGUUAACAAAAGACUUUGAAACCACUGACCCGGGGGCUUCAUGUACAAAGCUAAGAAGGAAAGCAAGUCGUGUCGACUUUAUAUUUGUUGGGUCUGCAUGGCUGGAGUUAAGUGCCUCCAAAGGUUCGUUGCCCAGAGGUGAUACUGAUGUUUGCUGACCAAGGACGCCAGUUACUGGAAGAACAGACUUCCAGUGAGACUCCUGAGCAGUUGUCAUAUAGAAACCCCUUGUAUUGUUCAUUUCUGCUGAUUUUGGUGGGGGUUGGGGAUUGUUUGCAAGUGAAGGAUACAAAAGAGAGAUUCACAUUGUUUCAGUGGAAAUAUAAUUCAGGUUCCUUAGUUUUUUGGAAACGUCAAUUUUAAGUUGAAGAAAGUUGCAUUUAUUAUUUACUAAAGUGUUUAUCAUGUAUUACUAUCAUUAAAUAACACUAGACUGCCAUUUUUCCAGCAGUUUAGAAAGGAUGUUUUUCAGUAGGGAAAAAAUAAUUUGAAUGUUUUCUUAAUGAUGUUAAAGUGACCCUCUGACAUUUUGGAUGUUUAGUUGGUUUGCACUGUCAAGUCUCCCGUCUGUUAAUGGACUUGCAUCCAGCUCUUAUGUUUGCUUGAGGAUAACAGUUUUUAUUUGUGGCUUCCUACAUGCCAGAAACCACCCUUAUUUUAUUGAUUGCAAUAUAUUUUGAAUUCAUGUUAUGCAUACAGAAAUGUUGGGCUGGGUGACAUGUUUAGGUUUUUUCUCACAAAGAUGCAGUGCAUCAUGGAUGGAGUUUUUCACAUGUAGCUUUUCUGUCCUUUUGAAGUGUAUAAAAAUAAAUUUUUUU